UAAAAACAAACUGAAGAGCCUCGGCCACCAUCACACUGUCAAACUGAAGAGGAACGUUAACAUGCCUGACAGGCUUACUUUGCUCGCUCUCAGCUUUUCUCUGAUCCUUCACAAUGUUUCUUCUAGUUGGACUGUGAGUGAACCUCUCAACCAAACACUCAAUGACGAUGGCUCAGUCAGUGUCACAUGCAUGUUUUAUGGAGAUGAAAAUUUUGGACUGGAAGCCAAGCUUAAAAUGAAUGAUAAAUUUGUUUGUGAGAUUUACCAAAAGGGCCAAGAACAUGACCAGUGUACAUGGCAGCACAAUAACAACACAUUCACGUUCACCUUGAAGAAUCCUGGGGCCCUACACAAAAAUGAAUUUUCCUGUCAGAUAACCAAAAUAUCUCCAUUACCAAUCCAAAGUUUCAAAGGGCCGAAAACAAAGCUUUUCCGAGGUUACAAUAACCCUCCACCAAAAAGCAGCUGUUCAUGCUAUAACAAAACGCAUAACCAGGAACACACAGUUGAAGACAAGCCCUCACCCUCAGACAUGUAUACCCUUCUAAUCGGUGGUCUGGUCAUAGUGGUGGUGAUGCUCUGUCUCUACAGCCUUAUUCUCACCGCAUUCUUCAUAAGAUUGAGGGUUGCAAAGCCUGAGCCUUCUGACACUCUGACCUAUGUGCCAAUGCAGAGGAAUAUAAAACGGCGUGAUCCAGACGACACAGAAUACGUGGACAUGCGUGAAGUGCAGAAACGGGGAGGAUCCCACAGAGAUAUGAACCACAACUCUCAUAUGAUGACUGCCUGAACCCAUUUCCAGUGAGCUCACGCUUUAACUGCUCUAGGACUCACCGCUGGAUUGAACAUAGUUAAGCUACACUAAAGAACAUCGCAGGACAAAACGAUUGCCUUUAUACCCAACAAAACAGACUUUUCUAAACGGCUGAAUCUGCAUAUUGCUGCUGCGCCCCAUUCAACCGCUCCCAUUACACUGUCUUGUUCUCUGUUGCAUGGUUUCAUCUGCUGGCUAGUAAAACCUCAUGCUGAAUUGUAGCUAUGCCAAGCAAAAAGUAUAUGAAGUACUGUAUAAAGUUUCUAGCUUGGGCAUUUUUUUAUUAUUUUGAUCCUAUGGACCAAUAAUCACUGAUAUUAUCAGUUUUGUUCAAGACAAGAAAAUGCUGAAUUUUUCUUUCUUUUCAAACUGAUUUGAGGAGACCAUUAUUUUUAAAUAUAUACAGAGAUUAUAUUGAACGAUGAAUUCAAUUUGAUCAUUAUUUGGUGAUGUAAAUAAAG